UCCAGGUAGACGGUACGCGAGGGACGAUCACGAGGAAACCGGAGAAGAGGAACUGUGGAAAAGUAGGAAAAGAGAGGAAUCGCGCGGUUUCGGCUCGAUAACGUUGCCGCGUGUACUAGCGCUCGCUCGCACGCACGCACGCACGCACGCGGGGAUAAAAGAGUGGACGGGGGCCAGUCGGUUUUGAAAGGAGCCGCCGCGACGGGAGAGGAUCGUGCGCGUAAACGAUCGGAACGUUUUCAGCGAACGGUCUGUAAAUGACGAGACCGGCGAGUGGGGGACGCUACUGCCGGACGGAUACGUGGUAGAGCGGAGGCUUUGAUUUCGUGGAAAACGCGAUCGGUACCCGGUUGUCCAGGGAACGACCGAAGGAGGCAGAUGAGAUGUGAAACACGAGGACUACGCGGCGCGGAGCUGCCGGGACCGAAGCCGGAAAUCGUGAAGCCGAAGCUGCCGAAGGCGGCCGUUGGGACGGCGGCAGGUCAACCGUGCGCCUGGCGGGGGCCGCCUGAGAUGACGACCCUGCGACGGGGUAUCCUCGCACCCCGGUAUAACAUCUACGUCCUGGUUUCGCUGAUCGGACUCUUGAUUCAGAUCCAGACCGCGACUGGCGGUAUGUGCUGGUCUUCCAUCAGCAAUGGUCGUUGCAAGGAGUUACUGUCGCAAGGGGUGACAAAGGACAAUUGUUGUGCGUCAAACGCAGCGGCAGCGACUGCAUAUUCCGAGGAAGACCUUGAUAGUGGAAGUCUUUUUUUUUGGCGAGUGCUCGGAGGCGGAGUGCAGUGUCGUCCUUGCAGAGAGAGCUGCGCGGAAGUCAGGUGUGAAGCGGGGAAGAAGUGCAUGGUGCGCAAGGGACGUCCGAGGUGCGUCUGCAGCCCCGAGUGUAAAGCGCCGAGAGGCGGUGGUCCAGUUUGUGGUACAGACGGGAAGAGUUACAAAAAUCUGUGCAGGCUGAAAAAACGCGCUUGCAAGAAGGGCAGCCACGAGUUAGCGGUCGCCUAUAACGGCCACUGCCAAAGUUCGUGCGCACGGGUCCGAUGCGGCCAAGGCCGGAGCUGCCUGUUGGACCAGAACCUGAGCCCGCACUGCGUGAGGUGCGCCCGCAGGUGCCCACAGCCGCCCCCGCAACAGCGAGCCGCUGCACGCCCCGUUUGCGGGGCCGACGGAAACACCUACAAGAGUGCCUGCCACCUGCGACUCGCCGCCUGCCGCGCAGGUCGCGCCAUUCCCGUCGCCUAUAAGGGCCACUGCAAACAGAACGCAGACUGUACCACGAUUCGUUGCCGUGAGGGGCAGACGUGUCUGUCGGAAAUGAAGUCGGGCCGACCACGUUGCGUGACCUGCACCUAUCGUUGUCCCCGGAAGCGGGAGCGAGUCCGGAACCGGACACACCGUGAUCGAGAUCCAUCGGCGACCAUGUUGUGCGCCACCAACAAUAUCACCUAUCCCAGUUGGUGUCACAUCGUCAAGGACGCCUGCGUUACCGGCUUCGUCCUCGAGACGCGACACGCCGGCCCCUGCAACGCCUACGACACCUCUCCUCUUUACAUUGAAGAGGACAACACCUCGAGCAACUAUGGCGUCGAUCUGGCGGAUGAGGACGCGAGAUUCGAGGACGCUGAGUCCGAGUCCUUAUCGUACAACGGGCAGACGCAUCGUUCCAUGGCGUUAUCCGAAAUGUAUUUAAAAGUUUUUAUAAUUUUGUGCAUUUUUCACUUAAAUUAUGCUUCAGAGAUACCAGAAGAUUUUGUAAGGACCGGUCAUUCCAAUAAUUGGGCGGUUUUAGUCGAUACUUCACGUUUUUGGUUUAAUUACCGUCACGUUGCAAAUGUAUUAUCCAUUUAUCGCAGCGUUAAGCGUCUAGGAAUACCAGAUUCACAAAUUAUUCUAAUGAUAGCAGAUGAUAUGGCUUGUAAUCCAAGAAAUCCUAGACCAGCUACUGUGUUCAAUAAUAUCAAACAACAUAUUAAUGUCUAUGGAGACGAUGUUGAAGUAGACUACAGGGGCUAUGAAGUCACUGUAGAAAAUUUUGUUAGAUUGUUAACAGGAAGAUUAGCUCCAGAAACACCAAGGUCAAAGAAGUUAUUAACUGAUGAAGGUUCUAACAUUUUAAUUUAUCUUACUGGUCAUGGUGGAAAUGGGUUUUUAAAGUUUCAAGACUCAGAAGAAAUUACUAGCCAAGAACUUGGAGACGCAUUGGAACAAAUGUGGCAAAAGAGAAGAUAUCAUGAAAUCUUGUUAAUUGUUGAUACUUGUCAAGCAAGUUCGAUGUAUAAAAAGUUCUAUUCACCAAACAUUCUGGCUGUUGCUUCCAGUUUAGUGGGAGAAGAUUCACUUUCUCAUCACUUGGAUCCUGCCAUUGGAGUUUACAUUAUAGAUCGAUAUACAUUCUAUGCAUUAGACUUUUUAGAAAAUGUAGAACCAUCUAGCACCAAAACUUUGGGAGAGUUUCUCAAAGUAUGUCCUAAGCAUUAUUGCUUAUCAACUGUAGGAGUAAAAAGAGAUUUGUUUAGAAGGGAUCCCGACAAAGUACCAGUCACAGAUUUCUUUGGUUCAUUGAGGCCUGUAGAAUUAACUACGAGUAUUAUGAACGUUUUACCUGUUAAAAGGAACAAAACUAUUGAAGUGGAGAAAAAGUAUUCUUAUACUCCACAGUUUCCAGAUAUAUCACAAUUUACAUAUUCCGUGAUUAUCAUUCUUGCGCUGUGCGUCUUGUCAAUUGCGUUUACGCCGUACAGAAAAGACGACUUUUACGUGGACGUUCGCGAAGUUAAUUCGCCUUUGAAGCCACUGCCACCGCAGGAUCCAGCGAUUCAUUCGUUUCCAACGGUACCAACAAUUCCCCUAGUACCAACUUGUAUCAAAGAAGGAUACCUGCGGGAUCCAUUCAACUGCAGAAAAUUUUAUUAUUGCAAAAACGUUAACGCAAUGCCAGCGGGAUUUUACUGUCAGUCUGACCUUAUAUUUAACACGGUUACUAACGUCUGCGAUCAUCCUCAAUACGUGGAAUGUUGACCACCUUCUCGAUAACAAUUCUAUAGGACUAAUACUUCGGAUUGUAUAAAUGUAUUUAUUAAUUAUUGUAUGGCUGAGUGUAAAUAAUUUGUAUUCGUGUGCUUAGGUUGAUCUAAUAUUUAACUAAUAUUGAACUAAUAUUUAUUUUACGGUCCAAAAGCACGACAGUAUUCUUCGUUGCGCGAUUAUAAAUUUCGUUUGUCAACUAAAUUGCAAUUAAUUUUGAAAUGUGUGUAAAAAGUGAGAUUGAAGAUAAAAUAAUUUACCCGGAAUCUUAUUAUAUCAAGUAUUCCCCUCAACGGAAACAAAUAUUUAUUAAAAAUGCUUUAAAAUAAAGAAGAACUACGAAAGGAGACGCGUUUUCUUUAUUC